AAGGGUUCUUCUUUCUUCUUCUUCUUCUUCUUCUUCUUCUUUUUCUUCUCCCCGUGAUUGUCCCUCGUCUCCGGUGGCCAGGCAUUGGAGGCGGGGUUGAAAAGGGAAGAAAAAGAUAGAGGCUUUGAAGUUUGAAUAAACUCUAACCUCAACUGGUUGUGCCCUUCGUGCCUUUAUUCAUUAGAAACUUAAGGGAUUCUGGCAAUGGCGCUCGUAAGACCACCAUCGUCUACAACGGAGGAGGCUUCCGUGCUGACGGCGGUUGUAAUGGAUAAGGACAAGAAUAGUCAAUUCGCGGUGAAAUGGGCGGUGGAUAAUUUCUUGACUGAAGAUUUUGAAGCUUCCCUGCAAGAGGGUCGGCCACCAACAGAAGCAGGGUCACAACAAUUCUUCCUUCCCAACCGAGAAUUCUGUGCUCCAAAAAGGGUUCAGGCAAAGGACGUUGUGCUCUGUGACAUUGAUGUUCCAAGUGCAAUUGUAGAUUACAUCAUUAACAACUCAAUUGACAGUAUUGUUGUUGGUGCUUCCAGCCAUAGCUCUCUUAUAAGAAAAUUUUCAAACGCAGAUGUGCCUGCUGGCUUACUCAAUUCUGCUCCAGAAUCUUGUGCGGUAUCUGUUAUAUCAGAAGGAAAAGUUCAGUCUUCCUGUCCAGCAAACCAAGCUCAGACAACCACCAGCAAUGCAACAAUACCAAAAGGACGAUCUUUAAAGGGACUCCAAUCUAAUUCUAAACAUGCACCUGAUAUUCCAACUGUAGAAGAGAUAAAGCAAGGUGGUUUAAGUCAGGAGAGCAGCAGGAGUGAAGGCACUGAUAGAACAUCUAUCAACAUUAUUAGUGAUUCCUUUAAGGUUUCACCUAGUGCCAAAUGCAAGUUGAAUGAUGAGAUUACUUCACCUCCAUUGUCACUUGGCAGUGGCACUCAAAUGUUAGAAUCCUUAAACAGAGAUUCUGUAUCAGAUGACAGUGUUAUUUCAGACCCAACUAGUUUCCCAUCAUCAAAUGUACCUAGUGAAAAGUUAGAAUUCACUUUGGAGAGUUCCACUUCUUUCUCCUGUCAAAACCCAAAAGGUUUGGAGGCAAAGAUGAGGAGAUUACAGAAUGAAUUGAAGCAAUCAAUGGAACUGUAUAACUUGGUUUGCAAAGAAGCUGCUGGAUCAGAAAAAAGAGAAAAGCUACUUCAGGAGUGGAAAGCAGCAGAAGAGCAUAAGUUAGUGCAAGUCAAGCUUGCUGAACAAGCAGCAUUGGCUUUGGCAGAGGCUGAGAUGCAGAAGACCAAGGCUGCAAUUGAAGCAGCUCAGGUGGCACGACUUCUGGCAGAUCUAGAGGAUCAGAAAAGACAACAUGCAGAAAUGAAGGCCAGAAAUGAAGCAGAGGAGAUAGAAAGAGCAUUGGGUCAGUUUGCUCACCAAAAAGCAGCGUACAGAAAAUACAGUAUUAAUGAGAUUGAAAUUGCAACAGAUUACUUUGCAGACUCACAUAAGAUUGGUGAAGGGGGAUAUGGGUCUGUAUUUAGAGCCAUGCUUCAGUACACUCCUGUUGCCAUCAAGGUCUUAGCACCAGGCAUGUCACAAGGACAGAAGCAAUUCCAACAAGAGGUUGAGAUUCUAAGCUGCAUGAGACAUCCACAUUUGGUUCUACUCAUUGGUGCCUGUCCUGAGUCUGGAUGCUUAAUAUAUGAGUACAUGGAAAAUGGCAGCUUAGAAGACAGGCUAUUUAGGAAAGACAAUACUCCCUCAAUCCCAUGGAAAACCCGAUUUAGAAUAGCUGCUGAGAUUGCAACUGGCCUUAAUUUCCUUCAUAAAAAAAAACCAGAAGCACUAGUGCACCGUGACCUUAAGCCUGGAAAUAUUCUCUUAGACCAGAAUUAUGUGAGUAAGAUCAGUGAUGUUGGUUUGGCUCGGUUGAUUCCACCACCUGUAGGUGAUAGUGUCAAUCAAUAUCGCUUGACAGCAGCUGCAGGCACAUUUUGUUAUGUUGAUCCGGAGUAUCAGCAAACAGGAAUGCUUGGUGUAAAGUCAGAUUUGUAUUCAUUGGGUAUGGUGCUAUUACAAAUUAUUACAGCCAAGCAUCCAGUAGGGCUGUCCAUCCAAGUGGAAGAAGCUAUUGAGAAAGGAACUUUCCAGGAGGUGCUUGAUCCCACAGUACCAGAUUGGCCUGUUGAAGAAGCUUUAUCAUUAGCAAAACUAGCCUUACAGUGUUGUGAACUGAGGAAAAAGGACAGACCAGAUCUUGAAUCAGUUGUAUUGCCAGAGCUGAUCCGCCUAAGGGAUCUCGGGUCAGAAAAUGAAGCCACCGUCAGUUCACCUCCUUGCAAUUCAGUUCCACAAAUGGAAACCCGUUUGAAUCAGGUCCUUGUGAGAAGCAAGUUGCGGCCCUUGAAGUACAAGACCAGAAUGUCAAAGAUGAGAAGGACGAGCAUUCUGCCAACUUGUGGGGAAAAGGUUGUGAAGUCAAGGAGGAAGUCCAUGGAAGGAACUUGUUGGUCUUUUAUAAGUUGUUCAGGAACUUCUGCCCAGAUAAGAGAAUUUAAGUCAUUUUCAUAGCAAAGCAACAUUUAACUCCACACCUACAAUCCCCCAAUUCUCCUUAUUGAUUGUAGAUACUAAAAACAGUUUGCAAGUCUUUCAGGACCUGUUUGUUAUUUAACAGAAAACAGAAGGGGUACCAUAAGAUCAGCGAGCCAUAAGAAUUCUUCAUGUAUAUGAUACAGUCCAAUUCAUAGGAGCUAAGGUGGGAAGGUGAUCAAAGAAGAAUGCUGACAUGCCAUUCUAAUUAGGAGGUUGCUAGAGUUUGUUAAAGGUUGUUAGCUUGUUAAGCAAGCUACUAAGCCAGAUUAAUAGUUUAGAAGAGACAGUUCCCUGUAAUUGUAAUUCAUCGAUUGAAUGAAUAUUGAACUUGUCUUCUCUCUCUGUCUCAUCUUUUCUCCUACUCUCUGUUUCCUUUUUCUGUUUUCUUCUUAAAUCUUAAUGUAGUUCUUUUCUUCUAGUCAAUUUCUAGUUUGGCUGCUAAUAUAUUUGCCGUAUCAUA